AUGUCCUUCUUCGGCUUUGAACAACAGAACGAUUUCGAGAAUGAAAAGCGCAGGUUCCUCGAGGGAGGUGCGCCACGCGAGGACGUAGCGGUCUACACCUGGGGCGAGGACAGCUACGACGGGCUGGGUGAUGCGCUGCAGGAGGGAGGAGACGAGCUCAACGACGAGACUUUUGGUAUAUCAGGGCCGGUCGGGAAGGACUUUAAUUUUGGAGGGUCCGCGCUGCCCGAGCACCAAAAGCCUCAGGCGUCCCGCUCAAGUCCGGGUCUAUACACGCAGACGUCUCGCCACGAACAACAGCCUCAGGCUCAGCAGAAGGUCCAAGCGCACGGCGAGGUUGAACCCUCCCACUCCUCCCAUCUCGAUGCGGUCUGGAGCAACAAAUCUCCCUUCUCCGUUCUACCUCGAAACAAUGGCCCCAGUAGAGGUCAGAACCACACCCCCGUAGCAAAGUAUUCGCCCCUGGCGACUACCGCGCAACAAGCCACUCCGCAGAAGCCUACCAGCCUGAGCCUCGGGGCGGAUCUUCACAAGGGUGUGCACACGCUAGAGGAGAUCGAACGGGAAAUGCGUGCGGCGGCCGCUGCUCAACAUCACCAGCAGCAGCUUCAGCUUCAGCGGCAGCUAGAGGAAGAGGAGCAGCUGCAGUUCCAGCAAACCCAGCAGCAACUCCAACAACUCCAGCUCGAGCAGCAAAUGCUGGCGCAGCACUCAUCCCAUGAUAUACAGUUACAGCAGCAAAUGUUGCAGCAGCACCAACCCCAGGCAUCCACUCAUGGUCUGUUGCAGUCCCCCUCGCGAUCCCAGGGGCAGCGUCAGGUCGUCGCUGGGCCCCAGCAUGCGGCCGCAACUCCGCCGCCUCGCAUGCACCCCCAUUCGCAGUCUCCGCGCUUCCACCAGCAACAGCAACAACACCAGAUCCACCUGCUCCAGCUUCAGCAGCAGCAGCAAAGGCAGCUUCUUGACUUGCAGGAACAGCGAGAACACCAACAGCGUCGGCAGCUCCUUGAGUUACAGGAGCAGCUCAAACUCGAGGAACUGGAGCGCCAGCAACAGGAGCACCACUUGCAGCAACAGCGGAUGCAGGCCGGCGUGAAUGACCACCUCAUGCAUAGCCAUAUCAUCCAUCAACGUCUGAACUCAGGAGGGCUUAGCCCCGCAUUCGGUGAUCGUGCGCGGCGCAUGGGUCGGCAGUCGCCUGCGGUAGCGUCUCCUCAGAUCCCCGUCGAGGUUCCAUUCGGGCAGACCCUGCAGUAUCUACCACAGAACAUCCAGAUGCAGCAGCGUCUCCUGGCGGAGAUGGCGCAAGCGGAGUUCCUCAGCACCAUGCAAGGCGCUGGACUGACGGAGCGGGAUACCCGGGAGUCUCGUGAGCUGCAGGAGAUUCUCCGAGUCGAGGCAAUGCGCAAGAUCAUGGAGGCCGAGCGGAUGGAGGAGAAGCGUAAGCGCAAGCUGGACAAGAUCGCUCAUAUGUCGCGUUACAACGACCUCAUGACGCAGUCUGACAAGGACUUCAUCACGCGCAUUCAAGUUUCUCAGCUCGUCACGCAAGAUCCAUACGCAGACGACUUCUACGCUCAGGUCUAUGGAGCUAUCCUCCGGUCACGAAUGGGUCUCCCGACGUCUGAGGACCGCGUUUUGAAGUUCGGCUCCGGCGGUGGCGUUGGUCUCGGACUUGGUCAGAAGAUGCCGAAUCGUCGUCAGAACGCCAUGCAGCGCAUGGAAGCUCAGGUCGAGCGGAUCGUCAACAACGCGAGACUGCGGGAGAAGGAGAAGACGUCGCUCAACAACCUUCAGGGUGCACUGGGCAGGACAGCUGGCCGCAGCUACAAAGCGGCUCCUCGCCAGUUGCUCCAGGUCGACUCGAGCAACGUGUCUACGUCGCCCACGUCGUCUCAUGCACACGCGGCGCAUAUUUCGAAGACCGAUGCUACGAAGACCAAGGAGGAAGGUGAGGGUGCCGCACGUGAAGCCGCCAAGAUUGGACGAGAGGCUCUCGCAAACGCCUCAGACUCCACCGGCUUCGUCCGGAAGGACCCGUUGACACAUCGCGAAGCAUUGGUUGCCCUUGAGUCGUUGUACGACCUCGUGCUCGAUCUCGAGCAACGCAGACGCGAUCAGCCACCGCCUGAGGAAGUGGAGGAGUUCGAUGAAUGGUCUGUACACGCCGAAUGCGCCAGGCUUAUCGACCAGCUGUUCGAGAAGCUGAUGGUGUCCGUGCCCCUUGAGACUAGCAAUCCCCAUCCGUUCGUCUCUAUCAUCACCCCCAUCAAGGGCAAGAAGCUGCUCCCGCGGGUUGCACGCCUGCUCGACAACAACCGCAUGCAGAUCAUCCUUACGCUCGUCGUUGCGUGUUUCUCCCAGCUUGACGUUGUCGUGCAAGCGCCCCUGCUGGACACGCUCGAGGAGACCCGAGAGGUACUCGACCUCGAGGCGCAGACGCAGGCGUUCCUGGGGAGUGUCGUGCAGAGCAUUCUGCCUGUCAUCGCGAAGGCGCAGAUGCGGCUCGUUACUGGGCUGUUCGGCUUGCUGUUGGAGAGCAACAACGUGAUCGCGAUCGCACGGACAAGGCCUGGCAUUGCUCUCCUUACGUUAUUCCUCAGCAGAGCAGAGGUUAUUUUGCAGAACGUUGCGAACGGGUCAGAAGUUGACGAAACACCCUCGGCUGAUGAGCUGCAGAGCUGGUACGUUAUGCUAUACAACCAUCUCUUCGAGCUCCUCAGGCCGCAACUCCAUGUGCUCUUCCCCUCCGUGCGCCUCAGCAUGCUCUCCGGCAUCAACUUCACGAGCGUGCCGAACGCGGACGUGAUCGACCAGCCCGUCUGGCAGUUCUUCGCCUCGCUCGCGUGCAGCGCGAACGACACGCAGCAGUCUGUGCUCGUCACCGGCCUGCGCGACAUCGUGCUCGAGAACGUCACGACCGCGACGAAGGGGCUCGGCGUCGAGAGCGAGGAGCGCCGCCGGCUCCGCCUGGCGAACGUCAACCUCUUCUUGCACGCGCUAGGGCUGGACAGCUCCCAGAUCGCGGUGUGA